AUGAUUGUAUUGAUAUAUUUAUUAGUAAUGGUAAGUUGUAUAUAGCUCCCAAUAACAAAUGAAUAUGAAUAGAUUGAAGCAUUAGAAAUAAUUUCAAAAGAUACAUUGGCAGAUUAGUAAGUUAAAAAAGUAUAAGGAAAUCAAGUGUUCUUUUUAGAAAUAGCAGAUUAUUUAGAAGGAACAUCAUUUUAUAAUUUUUUAGGUAUUAGUUAAAGUAAAUUAGAUCUUUAAAAUAAGGAUAAUUAAUCAAAAAGAAUAAUAAUUGCAACAGUGUUAUCAAUACUUCUUAUUAUCAUAUUUUGUGUAGUGAUACAAUUUAUUCUGGAUUUAUCAAAAAAAUGUAAGAUCAAGCUAAGUAGAGAAAACAUUGCAAUACCAGUAUGA